AUGGCGUCGAUCACUGUCAGUAGAUUAUUAAGCGGAACGAUCAAACGGGUCUGCAACAGAAGUACGAUUUGUCUGUUCGAUGUCGACGGUACAGUCACGGAACCUAGACAGCCAAUAGAUCCAUCUGUGAGGUCGUUCAUGGUCGACGAGCUCAAGAAAAAAACACUCAUUGGGUUGGUGAGUGGUUCAGAUAUAUCAAAGAUAGAAGAACAGCUCGGAGGUUCAGAAUACACAGCCCAAUUUGACUAUGUAUUCGCAGAAAACGGCCUAGUUGCAUUCAAGAAUGGCGAAGAGUUAAAAAAGCAAACAAUUGUUGAAUAUUUGGGCGAAGAAAAACUGCAGACAUUCAUUAACUUUGCACUGGGCUACAUGUCAAAAAUACAAUUGCCAGUGAAACGUGGAAAUUUUGUAGAAUUUAGAACUGGCAUGAUCAAUAUCAGUCCUGUUGGUCGGUCAUGCUCAAAAAUUGAACGUGACAAUUUUGAAGAGUAUGAUAAAGUUCAUAAUAUUAGAAAGAAAUUCAUUGAAAGCAUCAAAGAAAACUUACCAGAUAUUGGUUUAACUUACAGUAUCGGUGGCCAAAUAAGUUUUGACUGUUUUCCUAUAGGAUGGGAUAAAAGAUUUUGCCUACGCUAUGUUGAGGAUGAGUUUAAAGAAAACAUACAUUUUUUCGGGGAUAAGACCUUUGUCGGAGGAAACGAUCACGAAAUAUUCAAUGACUCGAGAGUUAUUGGACAUACAGUUAUAAAUCCAAAAGACACCAUUUCGCAAUUAAACAAUCUGUUUAAUAAAUAA